UUUUUCAAAGCUCUUUAAUCAUUAUUUGCACGUUUUUUUGCUUCAAUCUUGGUUUUGUUUUUUAUUUUGUUUCAUUUUUGGUUUCAUCAUCAUCAUUAACAUGGCUACUAAUUCUGUGGAGACUAAUCAACGUAAUAUUACAGAAUUUUUCCCAACAAUUUCCAAUUCAUCGAAACAACGAAAAAGUGUUAAAUCAUCGUCGAUCAACCAGGAAAAAUCGAAUAAUGUUCAGGAAAUUAUUUCGCUAAAAAAACCAACUCCAAAACGUCGAGCUGCUGCUGCUUCGAAUGUAACGACCAAAAGUGUACCAGCAUCGAAAAAACUCAAAUCUUCAACAACGAAAAAUGUGUCCACUAAAACUGAAACAAAAAUGGUGCGUCGUGGACGUUGUCCUAUUGAUUAUGGUCCGGCUGCUGCCAUCCGGAAACUUGAUUUCAAGGAUUGUAUCGAAUCAAAUUCAAGUGAUCAAAAUAACAAUGACAAUUCAUCAUCGGAAUCCUUUGGUGACUUUCUUAAAUCCAAAGGUUUGCAAUCGAUUACGAAAUGCGAAUCAUCAUCAAAAGAUGAAAAACCAUUGAUGAAAGCUGACGAUAUCAAACAACGACUACAAUCAUGUAAUAAUCUUUCCAAACUUAAAGAGCAGUUAGUCAAUAUUAAUAAUUGUUCGGAAAAGAUACGAAAAUUUAAAGAAAUGAAAAUUAAAUAUCAACAAAAUCUUAGCAAUGCUAGUAGCCCUAAUGCUAAAUCACCAAUCAAAUCAAGUCCACGAAAAACUUUUGGAUCUCCAAUGAAACCAAUCAUUGCCACAACAUCAUCAUCUCAAAUGAUAAAACCACGAAAUCUUUUCCAGUCACCAUUGAAAACACCGACUAAAAAUUCCGCCUCGGUCGACGAAACCGAUUUAGAACUGCCAUUACCCAUUGCAUUCAAACGUUUAGUGGAUAUGUUCAAAAUUAUCGAUUAUAAUUCUUGGCGAAUGUUCAAACGACAAGAAGUGUGCACAUUUGAUAAAAUGAAACAAUGUAUUGAACAUUCCACGCAUCGUACAUUCACAUUGGAUUCAAUGCUCAAAAUUCUUACCGUUUUGAAACAAAAUCCCAAAUUUCGUUUGACAUGGGAAUUGUAUGCCGGCCAAUUGAAUCUUGUUCUGACGCCUAUAUAUCGAGAUGACAAUUUAAAAUGUCUCAAUUCUAUUGGAACAUUAUUGGAGCGCGAAAAAGAAUUUUAUCGUCUGCUUUUGGAAUUGACGCGUGUUGAACAUUUAAAAUUUCUUUCGCAGAUGAAAUUAAAUCUCGAUGCAGAUGAUCACAUUUAUCGUUGGCAUCCAAUGUUUGCAUUGGAUUCUGUUUCGGAUAUUAAACCCGAUUAUACGUUGUUACCGAUGAAACCGAAAAUUGGUAAAAAUUCAUCCGCAACCACGACCAAUAAAAAAUCGACAACAAUUCUUGAUUAUUUCGGACCAAAAACUGAUUCAGUUGCCAAAAUCGUCGAUAAUAAUAAUGAUAAUAACAGUGAUACAAAUGGUAAUAAGGAUGGUGAUACACCGCUACAUACGAAUAAAAUCCAAUCAGGGUUGCUUAAAGGAAUAUCCGCCGAUUUAUUGAAUAAAGUUCGUGCAAAGGAAGCCGCCAAACUAGCCAGGUUAAUGCGUCGACCGCCUGAAAUUGAUCGUGAAAUACGUACACUAUCGAAUUUGAUAGAUAUUUCACGAAUUAUUUAUGAUUGUUUUGUUGGAUCUCCAUGGCAACGAUCCAUAGAAAAAGAUGAUCUUAUCGAGCGAAUAUCCACAAGUGUUCCAAUGUCUGCGUUAGAAUCACGUCGUCAUUUGGAAUAUUUAUCUCGAUUCGAAUUGGACGCAGUCGGCUCGAAAUGGAUAAAAAUUAUUCAAUUGCAGAAUUCAAAGCAAUAUGUUCAAAUUGAUUGCAGAUAUUCAAUACCCGAAUUAUGUUCAGCAUUUCGCCGACAAAUGCAAAAAUUGCAACCAAAUUGAUUGAUCUUUCUUUUUUUAGUUUUUCGUCAAAGUUUCAUUCUUUCACUUCUUUUUUUCGAUUCAUCAAUACUUUAUUUUGAAAAAACAACUU